AUGUUUAAAGUCGCUGCUGUUUUUUUCAUGUUGUUAGUUGCUUGUCAUGGCUUGUUUAGUAAAGCUGGUAGUUAUCAAGAGCGUCCUGACUUGAUCGAAGACAAAUCAGUUUUACUUUUGACACAUUUUGCUGCUGGAUAUUUACAUACAUCACAAAAUCUUCUUCUUCAAGAUUAUAGAGUUAUUCGUGUUCAAACUCAACUUGUUAAUGGUAUGAAUUAUAAAAUUGAUUUUGUUGCUAAACCUGUCAAUGAUAUUAGUGGAGAGAAAACAACAUGCCAAGUUGUCAUCCAUGUUUCGUUUCAAUCUGUUAAGAGUAUUCUUCAAACUCAAUGUCAAACAAGUUAA